UUCAGCGGCUCGUCUGCAUCGGUAAAUGAAAUGUCGUUGCUCGAUGGUAGAUGUAGAACCCGAUUUUUAUCGACAGAAAUCAUCCGUGAAUUGUGGAACCUGUUUGGUUCUGUAGGUGGAGUUAAUGAUCUAGAGUAAUAUAAAUAUUCACCUAUGUUUAUCAAGAAUCGUUGUUCAGAUGUAGUGCAUUUUUAUUAAUACUAAUUUCUCGAAAAUCCUACGUAUGUUAUUUGCUGCCACUUUAUCAUUAGUUACUAACAUAUAGGAUUCUUAAAUGAUGGUACUAAUGUCAUUCAACAGGGUCGUGUAAAUAAUAAAUAACCAUAAAUACAUUAUGCCACGUCAAAAAUUUCAUAAGAAAACUCCCCUUAUUGGGGAGGACACAAGAAUUGCUGUGAAUUUAACAUUGAAAAAGUUAUUAGAAACCCCAGAACAAAAAGAAUUAGAAUUUCCUUCAUCGUACACAGCAGAAGAAAGAGCCUAUAUUCAUAAACUUGCGUAUGAAUUAGGAUUAAAAUCUAAAAGUAGAGGUAAAGGUACAAACCGGUUUUUAACGGUUUAUAAGAGGGAGGGUUCAACUAUAGUACAAGCUGAUGCUGUAAUAAAGUUACAAAAAGCAUCAAGACAUAGUAUUUAUAAUUUACUACAAAGUUUUCCACUGAAUCAUAAAGAAUGCCAGGAUUUACUACCGCCAAUUGAACGUGAACGACCUCUCAAUGCAGAUGUUUCCUUAAAUACAAACACUACAGCUAUGGGCAGGUUAAACAACAGUGUGUCACAAGUACCACAGCUGAAAACUAAUUUUGACGUGUUAAACUUUCGCAAAUCUCUGCCAAUUUUUAGUGUUAGAGAAGAUAUUCUAAAUGCUUUAAAUACUAAUGAAGUGGUAAUAAUAGGAGGUGAAACUGGUAGUGGUAAAACUACUCAAGUUCCUCAAUUUAUACUUGAACAUUGCCAACAAAGGCAUGAGCCUUGUAGAAUUAUUUGCACUCAACCAAGACGACUAUCAGCUGUUUCUGUGGCUGAGAGAGUAGCAUUUGAAAGGGACGAAAAAAUUGGUCAAACAUUUGGUUAUCAAAUAAGACUUGAGAGUAGAGUUGCUCCAAAAACGCUUUUAACCUACUGCACAAAUGGUGUAUUGCUUAGGACACUUAUGGCAGGUGAUUCUGCUUUAAGUACUGUUACACAUAUUAUCGUAGACGAAGUUCACGAACGUGAUAGAUUCUGUGACUUCCUUUUGAUUGCACUCAAGGAUGCAUUGAUAAAACAUAGUUCUUUAAAACUUAUACUUAUGAGCGCUACAUUAGAUGUUAGCAUUUUUGUAAAAUAUUUUAGCAAGUGUGCAGUUAUUAAUGUAAUGGGCAGAAUAUUUGAUGUAGACACAUAUUACCUUGAAGAUAUUUUGAAAAUAACUGGUUACAUGACAAAAGAGAUGCUUACUAAAAAAGAAGAACUUAUGAAUAAAAAGAAUCAACGGAAAGUGUUAGAGUCUUGGACUCAAUAUAAGCCCCAACAAUCAGGUUCUAGUAGUUCAAAUGAAAGAUCUUUAUUACCUGCUCCUGUCUUAGAUCAACAGUGUGAACCUAUUCCAGAAAAGGUGAAAUUAGAACCUUGGUUAAUAGAAGAAAUGGAUAAAAGUAUUUCUGAUGCAUGGUUACAUGGCGGUGAAGAUAAUUUUGCACAACUUUUAUAUUUCAUACUUUCUGAAAAUGUUUCUGUAGACUAUCAACAUUCCACAACAUCUGUAACUCCACUUAUGGUGGCUGCAGGUAGAGGAUGUAUAAAUACUACAGAACAACUUUUAAAUUUGGGAGCAAAUUUAAAUUUACGAGCUGCCAAUGAAUGGACUGCAUUAGACUGGGCAAAAAAUAUGAAUCAAACUGAAUGCGCAGAGUUAAUAGAAGCUUAUAUGAAAACUUAUGAUUGCACAUCACAAGGUGAUGCAAUAGCACAAGCUAAAAAUAUUUCACUUUCAGAAGAAGACAAGCUUUUGUUAGAGAUAUACCACCACACAUUUAAUGAUGACAAUAUUAAUUAUAAUCUUCUUCUACAAUUGAUUUUACAUAUUCAUAAGAAAAUGCCUCCUGGUUCUCUUUUAGUAUUUUUGCCAGGAUACGAUGACAUUGUUACUAUGAGAGAGAAAAUAAAUAAUGAAGAAAAAGAAAUGAAUCAGAGUUUACGAUAUACUUUAUAUGUGCUCCAUUCUAACAUGCAAACUUGUGAUCAGAAAAAAGUAUUCAAGCCCAGCCCUCAGGGAACACGAAAAAUUAUUCUUUCAACAAAUAUAGCUGAAACAAGUAUCACAAUUGACGAUGUUGUUUAUGUGAUUGAUUCAGGAAAAGUUAAAGAAAAAUCUUUUGAUGCUCUAUCAGGCGUAUGUAUGCUCAAAUCUAAUUGGAUUUCUCAAGCUUGUGCUAAGCAACGUAGGGGUAGAGCAGGAAGAUGUAAAAAAGGGAUUUGUUAUAGACUAUUUUCUUCACUUCAGUAUAACAGCAUGCAGCCAUAUCAAACUCCAGAAAUUUUAAGAUUACCUUUGCAAGAAUUAUGUUUAUAUACAAAACAUUUAGCACCAGGAAACACCCCCAUUGCUGAAUUUUUAGAUCGAGCUUUAGAACCACCUUCUAAUAUAGUUACAAGAAAUGCAGUACAGUUAUUAAAAACUAUUGAUGCGUUAGACCCAUGGGAAGAUUUGACUGAAUUAGGAAGUCAUUUACUCGAUCUACCAGUAGAACCGCGGUUGGGAAAAAUGUUAUUGUAUGCUGUUGUUUUGAAAUGUUUAGAUCCAGUCUUAACUAUUGUGUGCAGUUUAGCUUAUAAAGAUCCCUUCGUUUUACCUUCACAACCAUCACAAAAAAGAGCUGCAACUGCAGCACGAAAAAGAUUUGCCACUAACACCUAUUCUGAUCAUAUGGCUGUAUUACGUGCUUUUCAAGGAUGGCAAAAUGCACGCGCACGUGGCAAGGAACGUUCAUUUUGUGAACAAAAUUUUAUUUCCGCCGCUGUAAUGGAGAUGGUAGUUGGAAUGCGUACACAACUUCUUGGACAACUUCGUGCAUCUGGAUUUGUUAAAGCUAGAGGUCCAGGAGAUAUUAGAGAUUUGAAUUCUAAUUCAGAGAAUUGGGCAGUAGUAAAAGCAGCUUUAACUGCUGGUUUAUAUCCAAAUUUAAUAAGAGUCGACAGAGAACACAUGCAACUAAGAACACAGAAAGAAGUAAUAGUAUACUUUCAUCCAUCAUCAACUCUAAGGGAUUAUCCAAAGUCUCCAAGAGUAACAUCUGUACAGACACAUAUAGCUAAUGUUGCAUCUUUGCCUUGUGAAUGGUUACUGUAUGAAGAAAUGAGUCGUACAGGUCGUUUCUGUCAUGUAAAAAUGGCUACUUUAGUUAAUCCGUUAACAGUGGCAUUGUUUUGUGGGCCAGCACGAUUGUCAGUGGACGUAAUUUAUGAAGCAGAAUCUGUGCCAGAAAGUGAAUCAGAUUCAGAAGUUGAUGAAAGUAAUGAGGGCACAAUUUUCAAACUCGAUGAUUGGGUAGUGUUUAAACUGGAUCCUGAGACUGCACAGUUUUUCUUACAUUUAAGACAAAAAUGGAAUGCCUUAUUCUUAAGGCGUAUGAAAACACCAAACAAAGCUAUGUCACAAUUAGAUGAAAAAGUAGUGAGUACAUUAGUAAGCGUAAUUACGAACGAAGAACAAGCAUGUGGAUUACAACAACCAUCUGGUAUUGGUCAAAGACCACGUCCGUUAAUAGUUGAUUAUUAUCCUGCCAAUGCUAGAAGAACAGACGACUUUGUAGAGAGAAAUUUUUAAAGUUGGACAGAAGAAGAAUAUUUUAUUAUGUAUAAUUCAUAGAAAAUAUUUAAUUCUCUUGCUUCCUAUAUGUAAUUCAUUGUAGGAUUGCAAUGGUAUUCCUGUUUUUAUAAAAGUUUUAUUAAAAGUGAAUAGCUUACAUUUUAAAUGGACAGGGUAAAAUAAAGAAUUGCCACUGAUUAUAGCAUAUCAGUUCUCAUAGUUAAAUAUUUAUUCAGUAUUAACAAAAAUUUCAAAAGGUCUAUAAACCUUCUUUCUGCUUGAGACACUGUAAGAAAUAAUAAUGUUCAAUCACGUACUAUGUACAUCUUAAACAUAUCCUUUACUAUUAUCAUUUACUAAUUCUGGCUAUUCGAUACUAAUAUCAAGUCUAUACUUAUCUUUCUUUAGAAGAUUUUCUUGAAAAGUUCACACAUAUGUAUUAAGUAUGUUAUACAAUAUUGAUUAUUAACAAUAGAUAAAGUAAACAGAUUAUAUAUAUAUAUAAUUCUACAAUUCUACGGCUUAUCAUGAUAUCUAGUUUAUUGUAAUGGUGCUUUUAUGAAGUUGCUUCACAUUUCCAAUUUACUACAUAAACAGUAAGUAUGAACACCAUGUAGGAAUCGAACUAGAUCUUUGUACCUUCUAAAAAAUGUGAUGUACUGUAUAGAUAUUAAUUUUAAGUGAUUUAUUUACAUUUUUACUGUGCUUAAAGUACUUAAAGUUAUAAUUUACUAUACAGAAUAAUCGCAAUAAAAAAACAGUCAUUUGCAAGUAAACAGAUAACUUUAAAUUAUUAGAAAGAAAUUGAGUAUUAAUAUUAUUUUUAUUAUUAUUAUUAUUAUUAUUAUUAUUAUUGU